CCACACUUGUCCUCAAGCUUUGUGUCCUUACUCCCUCCCCCUCCCCCACAGCCAGCCCCCUGUUCCUCUCACAUCCCAAGCUCUUGUUCUGCUGAAAUGUCGCUCUUUAGACUGGGAGCCUUCCCUGUGACAUUCCCCCGCCCCCAGAACUCUCUCCUGCAGGGAGCUUAUAACAAUGUGAACUUGUCACGUUCCCCUGCUGACAGGUUUCUUGUGUGAACACCAGGAGGGAAGGGACCUGUGUCUGUCCUCUUCCCUGGUGUCCUCAGAUCUAAGCACCUGCCGAGUGGAUGAAUGGAGUACGUAUGACUGAAUGAGCGCGUCCUUGACUUAGCAACUGCAGUGUGAUUCUGAGCCACUUAGCUCUCUGGGCCUCGCCUUCCUCCACCCCGCCCCCACCACCCCAGCUGAGGGGAAUUGGGCAAAUAACAUCUUGCCCCCGAAGCUGGGCGGAGUGAUCCAGCUCACUUCCAAGUCCGAGCUGCGUCCUCUCCCUCCAUGCACGCUCGGCCUAGCUUGCGCCCUGGAUUCCCUCCCUCUUCAGCCGCCCACACAGCACUUCUCCCAGCCCCACCCUGCCCAGCCCCUCCCAGGUGCCUGCAGCGGAGCAGCCAGCUCCCACAGCACCUCGGACUCCGGGCGGCACACCAUGGGGGGUCUAAGGCCCUGGGCCAGGUAUGGACUACUGGUUGUGGCCCAGUUGCUGGUCCUGGGGCUUGGGGCAGCGGUGCUCCAGGCCCUGGAGGGGCCUCCAGCACUCCGGGUCCAGGCCAAGCUCAGGGCCGAGCGGGCCACUUUCCAGGAGGAGUACGGGGCCUGCCUGCCACCUGGGGCACUGGAGGAGCUGCUGAGCACCGUCCUGGCAGCCCAGGCCCAUGGGGUCUCCAGCCUGGGCAAUGGCUCAGAGGCCCGGAACUGGGAUCUGCCCUCAGCCCUGCUCUUCGCUGCCAGCAUCCUCACCACCACGGGUUAUGGCCACAUGGCCCCACUAUCGGCAGGUGGAAAGGCCUUCUGUGUGAUCUAUGCAGCCCUGGGGCUACCUGCCUCCCUAGCUCUUAUGGCUGCACUGCGCCACUGCCUGCUACCUCUGCUCAGCCGCCCAGGUGCCUGGGCUGCCAACCGCUGGCAGCUGGCACCGACCACGGCUGCGCUGCUGCAGGCAGCUGGACUGGGCCUGCUAGUGGCUGGUACCUUCGUGCUCCUGCCAGCACUGGUGCUGUGGGGCGUGCAGGGCGACUGCAGCCUGCUGGAGGCCAUCUACUUCUGCUUCAGCUCACUCAGCACCAUUGGCCUGGGGGACCUGCUACCUGCCCAUGGCCGCAGCCUGCAUCCAGUGCUUUACCACCUUGGCCAGCUUGCUCUUCUCGGUUACUUGCUCCUGGGGCUCCUGGCCAUGCUGCUGGCCGUGGAGACCUUCUCAGAGCUGCCACAGGUGUGCGCCAUGGUGAAGUUCUUCGGGUCCAGUGGCCCUUUGACCACUGAGGACCAAGGUGGCAUCCUGGGUCAGGAUGAACUGGCUCUGAGCACCCUGCCACCCUCAGCUGCGGCCCCAGCUGCACCCUCAGAACAGGCCCCAGCUUGCUGACAGGUGGCAGGUGAUGGAGAUGAGCUCCUUUCAGGUGGAGAAGCCUGAGGAGGAAGCAGUGUGAGUGGUUGGGGAAGCUUCCGCAGAGGGGAGGGGGAUGUGAGGACCUCAGGGAACGUGUUAAUAAAAAAUAAAAUGGGCAACAACC